UAUCGGGUCCACUGUCAUUAGUAUUUUGUUAAGUUCUUUUCAAUGAGCUCAUUUCUAUAAUUUUCUUGUGUUUAAAUAUUUCAGUUCAUGGAAUAUUCUAAAACCCCGAAUACUCAGUGCUCAACCCUUGUCUCAUGUGAACUUGUGUUUCAAAGACCAUUCAAAAAUUUUAUUUUCAAUUAACAAACAUGCUAGUGCCAUCUUGUCUAAGUGUACAAGAGAUGAUAAAGUUAAUUUUGCUAUGUUUAUGCCUGACCGUGGCAAAGCAUAGUGUGGUGGAAGCUUCCAUUAUAGUUAAAGAAGUUCAAGCUGGAGAUUUGGUGGAGUUGCCAUGUUUAAGCAAUGAUGACCAUCAUAGAUUUAUGUUCUGGCAAUUGACAGAUCACAGCCACGUCAUAAGCCCUGGAAAUCCUGUAGAUGAGCAAAAGUACAAAUAUGAAGUUCUCACUGGCAAAUUAUUUAUUAGGGCUGUAUCUACAGCCGAGGCGGGGUUCUAUAGCUGUAUUUCAAGAGGCGUGGAAAAUAGUGCAACUAUUAACAUUAACACUGUGGAAUUGAUUGUGAAAAAAGAAGUCCAAGUGGAAAGUUCAUUCGAGACAAAUCUAUUGCGUGGAAUGGCAGUGGCGACUGUCAUAGUUGUUGGUAUUGCUGUUGCUCUCUUAGUGAUCAUUCUGAGGCGACAACGAAAUCACAGAUUCUUCGACGUAAUGGAAGAGUCAAGAGAAAAUUCUCCCGCUAAAUACGUGGGUACAAUUCAGUCUGCUCCGGUAACGCCGGCGCCUAGAACACUCGAAGCUGAAGGUAUUGACAACAUGGGCUUGGACGUUGAUUUUCCAAGAGUUUUUCAACAAAUGCAGGACAGACCAAUGUAAUUGAUUUUUAAUAUUUUAAAAUCAAAGUACACACGAAACGUGCGACGCAACCAUACUGCCGAUGUAUUUUGUAAUUUGAAAAUUAGUGUAUGGUCCGAGUACAAGUUUUUGACGAUUUUUCAAAUUGUGCAAUAUCGUUAUACAAUGUUAAAUCUUAAGUGAAGCCUAGGUAAACAAAAAACAAAGAGUAAUUUUUUAAAAAUAAGGAUAUUAGUCUUGUGUAAGUUCAUUGUGUAAGUGGUGAUGAUUGUGUGGAAUAUUUGAUAAAAGUAUUGUAAAUAUUGUGAAAUAAAAAACUUUAUUGUGUUUGA